CAAAACCUUAAUAAGAAAAACAAAGGGAGAAUUUUUCGGGAUUGUUUUAUGUUUUUUUUUUUCUAAAUCAUUUCUUUAUUUUUAAUUUUGUUGUUUUGGGUGGCAUUUGGGGGUGGUGUGGGUGGCCUUGAAUGAUUUUCACUUCUCACACAACCACCCCCUUCGUCUGUAUAAUCUCUGGAAUUCCCAUCUCUUCCUCAAACGCGACCAAACGCGAGCUCGAUCGCUUGAUUAAUUUCUUCGAUAAGGAGCUAGGUUUUUGUUUCUACGUACGUACGUGCAUGGUCGCUUGCAUGCAGAUGGAAUACCGGCCGUCUGUACGUACGUGAAGUUUGUACGUAGCUGCUGCUGCUGCGUCCAUGCAAACCUAUCCAACGUAAAAGUUGAAUUAUUGCAUGCACAGGGAGUAUUGGGAAGGAGGAAACUUUGAUAGAAAGGGAAAGGAAGAGUGGUUACCGGUUAAAGCAAGGAGAAUUAUGUCGGAAUCAAAUGAGCAUGACUCUCAUCCUCCUGGCCCAGAUUCACCACCCCAUGACUCAAACACACCAUCGCCACCCCACGAGAGUACCGAGGACAAAUCAACACCGUCAAACUCACCACCCCAUGACUCAAACACACCAUCGCCACCUCCGCCAUCACAAGCGCCCCCUCCGAAAUCAGACCCUCCGCCUCCAAAAUCAGACUCACCUGCCCCAAAAUCUUCACCAUCCCCCAAACCUUCUCCGCCACCAGCAUCUCCGCCGCCAUCAUCACCUCCACCAUCAUCACCAUCUCCGUCUUCUCCACCCCCAUCUUCCCCACCGCCUUCAUCAUCACCGCCAAAAUCACCUUCUCCUCCUCGUCGUUCACCACCACCAUCAUCAUCAAAAGGCAAACCAACAUCCGGAUCAUCACCACCUUCUCCUCCAGCUUCACCACCUCCUCCUAGUAGUACUGAUGGCAAUACUCCCAAACCAUCCUCCGGCGACAGUUCACCAUCUACAUCACCGCCAACUGAUUCAUCACAAGAUGAUAAAGGCUCCCCAUCCUCACCCAGUUUCUCUCAGUCCCCUCCAUCCUCUCCACCUCCAGCUACAACUACAACCAACCCCACCGCCCCAUCUCCUCCUACAGUGCCUAGCGCUCUAGCGGUUCCGGGUUCAGGAGCUACUACAACUCAGCCUGUCCCUCGCCCUGCUAAUUCCACCCCCACCCUCUCCCCUCCCUCAACGAGAAGUCAGGUUACAGGCGACUCAGGGGGUAGUAGUAGGCAUACAGGCACUGUUGUGGGCUUGACGGUAGCUGGAGUUUUCAUCAUUGCCUUGGUAGCCCUCAUUGUUGUGUUUGUAAGGAAGAGAAAGAAGCAGGCCCAACCAUACCCUCCAAAUUACAUGCCUCCCACUCCCGGUCCCCAUGGCGGUAACUUAUCAACUCCAGGUGGAUAUUAUCAUGCGCAGCAACAGAGUUCCGCAACUUCUGGUCCAACAGAAAGCUUCUAUUCGAGUGGACCGCCCGGACCUUCCUCCUAUGAAAACAGCUACCAAGGUAAUCCGCCCAGUUCUGGAGAUUCCGGUCUUAUUGCUGCUACCAAGGUUCAUUUCACCUACGAAGAGUUGAUGGAGAUAACGAAUGGAUUUUCACGUCAAAAUGUUAUCGGUGAGGGUGGUUUCGGAUGUGUGUACAAGGGUUGGAUGCAGGACGGAAGAGUUGUGGCAGUCAAGCAGCUCAAGGCUGGUAGCGGGCAGGGAGAGAAGGAAUUCAGGGCUGAAGUUGAGAUUAUUAGUCGCGUGCACCAUCGUUACUUGGUCUCUUUGGUGGGAUACUGCAUCUCUGAACAGCAAAGAUUGCUUAUCUAUGAAUUUGUUCCCAAUAAAACUCUUGAGCACCAUUUGCAUGGUGCCGGAAUGCCGGUGUUGGAAUGGACCAAGAGACUCAAGAUUGCUUUGGGGUCUGCAAAAGGCUUGGCGUAUUUACACGAAGACUGCCAUCCAAAGAUUAUUCACAGAGACAUUAAAUCGGCAAACAUUCUGCUGGAUGAUGCCUUUGAAGCACAGGUUGCAGACUUUGGGCUUGCCAAACUUACAGACGGCACCAAUACUCACGUAUCCACUAGAGUCAUGGGAACAUUUGGGUACAUGGCACCUGAGUAUGCUAACAGUGGCAAAUUGACAGACAGAUCAGAUGUGUUUUCGUUUGGAGUUGUGCUUCUAGAGCUUGUAACCGGGCGGAAACCCGUUGAUUCUUCUCGACCUUUAGGGGAUGAGAGUUUGGUUGAAUGGGCUCGUCCCCUUCUAAUUCAAGCCCUUGAAACUGGCGACUUGAGCAAAUUAGUAGAUCCUCGGCUUGAGAAGCAUUAUGUGGAGGGUGAAAUGUUCAGAAUGAUCGAGGCAGCUGCUGCUUGCGUGCGUCAUUCUGCUCCAAAACGACCACGCAUGGCGCAGGUGGUGAGAGCAUUGGACUGUGAAGGUGAAUUAAGUGAUCUAACGAACGGAGUGAAAGUUGGGCAGAGUACUGCAUAUGACUCUGGUCAGUACAAUAAGGACAUUAUGAGAUUCAGAAGGAUGGCAUUAGGCAGCGGAGGCAGCUCAGAGAUGUCCAGUGCAGAUUUCACUUCCAGAGAGGUAUCAGGACCCCAAAGUUUAUGGACUCGCCCGGAUGCUUCAAGCGAUGAAUCAGAAACUCGAGCUUUUACCACGCAUGGUGGUGAGCAGAUAAUCAGUGGGAAUCAAGGCAGACGGUUCUAAUUAGAAAGAGUGGCGAAAUAAUUGUGAAUUAAUUUCUGAAUGUCUACACACUCGUCAUCGUGACAUUGUUAACUCAUGGUGCUCCAUAGAGAGAGUUUGGCAAGGGAGCGGGCGACAGAAGAGACUGUUCGUUAUAAAAAGAAAAGAAAAACUGAUUUCUUGACUUAAUAUGACAUAUUAGUGUGUAAGUUAAGCUGCUGCUUCUUUUUCUUCUCCAUUUUUCUUUGUUGAAGGUCGCUCUAUUCUCUAGUUCCCUCAAAGCAUUAGCAGCAGGGAAGAGCUCGUAAAGUUUACUCGUGGUACCUUUUUUUUUAGUCAUUAAUAUGAAGAAUCUGUAUUGAUAGUACAGGUAGAACAAUAAGAUUUCAAUUAAAUGUGCCUAAUUUUUUCAUUUACACGCUUUUGGGAUCUAUGUAUUAAUCGACGAUGCAAUCAU